AUGGCUGCUACUCCCAUCGGCUUCUUCGGCCUCAAGCUCGUCCCGGGCAAGGUCCACAGGAUGGACGUCUCGCGCGACUUCAAGAUCACCAACGUCUCGUACGCCGACCAGCCCAAGAACAACACAAAAACCCUUGUCAAGAUUCACUACACACACGUCCCUGGCUUCGAAGAUGACUACAACGAGGACGACGACGACCUCGAGCCCAAGAAUCCCGAAGACGAGGAAGAGAUCGAAGAGAAGGUUUACACGCUCUGCAGCCUCAACGGCGCCAGCAAGGACCACGCCGUCGUCGACCUGUCCUUCUGCCAGGAGGAGCUCAUUGGCUUCUCCAUUACUGGUGACGCGGCUGUUGACCUUGUAGGCAACUACGUUGCUCCUCCUGAUUUCUUCGACCAGGAGCCUUCGGACAGCGAGCUCUACUCAGAUGACGAGGAUGACGAGGACGAGAUGUACGGCCUCGACUCGGACGAAUUUGACGAGGAUUCAGACGAGGAUGACGAAGACGUGGAGGAAGACCCGGACCGUUUCGAGGAGCUCGUCGACUCGUCCUCUUCCAAGCCAAAGAAGGCCAUCGCCGCUGCUCCCGUCGCCGAGUCCAAGAAGCGCGCCGCUGAGAAGCCUGUCAAGGAGACAGCCGCCAAGAAGCUCAAGGCCGACGCUGCCGCCUCCGCCGCCUCCACUCCUACCAAGGUCACCGAGACCAAGGUCGAGAAGCAGACCAAGAGCCCCAAGGAUGCCAAGCCCAAGACCGAGACUGUCGAGAAAAAGACUGUCGAGAAGCCUAGCUCCAAGAUGACCACCACCAAGCUUCCAUCUGGACUCGUCAUCGAGGAAAAGAGCGCAGGUGCCGGCCCCGCCUGUAAGGCUGGCCAGAAGGUCGGCAUGCGAUACGUCGGCAAGCUCACCAACGGCAAGGUCUUUGACCAGUGCACCAGCGGCAAGCCAUUCUACUUCAAGCUUGGCAAGGGUGAAGUCAUCAAGGGCUGGGAUGAGGGUGUCAAGGGCAUGCGUGUUGGUGCAGAGCGUCGUCUCACCUGCCCUGCCAAGCUUGCUUACGGCAACCAAAAGCUGCCUGGCAUCCCUGCCAACUCGACUCUCGUUUUUGACGUCAAGCUCGUCGAGAUCAAGUAA